AAGGUUAUGCAAUCACUGUGAAAACCUCACUCACUUUUCUUGGAGAUCGCUGAAUCGAUUUUCAUGAAUAUAGAUUUAAAUGAAAGGUCUUGUAACCCCUCACAAAGUUCCUGAAUUUUAUUUGAAUCCGAUUCCCGGUUUCGGUGUGCAAAAAAAAAAAUGAAAAUAAGUGCACUUACUUUUCUCAGUGACGGCUUAGCCGAUUCUCACAAACUUAGAUUUAAAUGAAAGGUACAAUUGUUCUAUAUAAAGUUCCUGAAUUUUAUUUUGAUCCGACUUCCGGUUCCGGAGUUACAGGGUGAUUAAUGGAAAAAUUCUUAUUUCAAAUUAUUUUUUCACUUUUCUCAGAGAUAGCGUGACCGAUUUCAACAAACUUAGUUUCAAAUGAAAGGUAUCAUAGUCCCAAAUAAAACACUCAAAUUUCAGCCAAAUCCGACUUCCGGUUCCGGAAUUAUAUGGUGAAGUGUGUUAAAAAUUGGAUACCGUCACUUGAAGUGGCGAAACAAAACAUGUAGCAAAAUUUAUAAUUUUGCCUAGAAUCUAUUCCAAUCGGCAGCCAUUGUCAAUAGACAACCAAACAACCCGAUUCCGGCUAUGCUGGUUCUCGUUUUCUGAUUCCAGAAGUAAAAUAAAAAAAAAUUAUAAUUUAAUUUCUAAGUUUGGUUUUCCUUGUUCUUGGGUUUUUGAUGAACGUCCGAAGAUUGUAGCCAUAGACUCAAAAUCCCAGUCACUUUUCUCGAACCAACUUCGAUUAUACCGGUUCCCAGAUUCCAGUUUCGGAAGUACUUUUUCUCGUUUCCUCAGAGAUGGCCUAACCGACCUAAGUACUGUUUCACUCUAUAAGUUAUAUUAGUUUUGUUUUUCAAGAAUCAAAGAAAAUUAUUUUGAAGAAUACCACACAUUUAUAUAUGAGAAUAUGUGAGAUAUGAGAAAGGCAUCAUUACACCACUAGGUGAAUUAAAACAGGUUUUUCCAUUUUUACUCACUAUAAAAACUUUGCAUGAAAAACUUCAACGAGAAAGACAAAUAUCUCAAUUUUAAUUAUUACGUUUUAGGAUACGAUUUUCAUCAAAGAUGGUCUGUUAACAGAAAAGUAUGACGCAUCAAAAUUAAUUGACUUGAGUACCCUCAAUUUUCUUUGUAUUGAAAAAAAAAUAGUUUAGUCCAUUUUCAGUGUGUUCAUUAUUUCGUUCUGUGCUAGAUUUGAAUUAGCCCAGUAAAAAAAUAUGAACUUUACAGGUGACUAAAAUCCAGUAGUCAUUUCAGCUUCAGUAGUCAUGUCAUAUACGAGAACCAUGAAUUAGAGUGAGAUAUUCUGUGUCUGUUUGAUAGAUUUAUUUUAACGAAGAGGUGAAAUUAGAUACAUUAGCUACAAGUUUUCUUGUCGCUACAUCAGCAGUAUUGAACUAUUUUCGAUCUGUUUUUCUACAGCUUCUGCUUCUUAGAGCCGAAGUAUAAAUGUUGUACUCGCUUUCAUCACAGUUCGUUGAUUAAAAGUCCAGUAAUGGGAAAAAUUAUGUUGCCAUUCUACUAACAAGAUGACUAUUGGUACUAUAGCCCUAUACAAGUAGAUACGAAAUUUCAACUUUGAAUAAAUUAAUAGAUUAUGGCAACUUGAGGUUUCUAGUGCGUUGUCACACAAAUUUUACCACCUUUACACAAAUCGCUGAGCUAAGCAAUUAUUUCAUCAAAAACAUAGCAAAGUUAAAAUAUAGUAUUUCUAUGGCAGACAAACUUUCGGCAAUGAAUAAAUACGCCACUCUAGCGAUCAGUCGAAAUCCUCGCCCUACUCGACAACGUCGACAGCAACAGCGGCAGUGGAGAGCGAGCGUUUAUCGUCGUCAUCCAUUGAUAUAGAUAUUAUUAUUAUUUUUAUUAUUAUUAUUAUCAUUGCUUAUUAUUGCCGCUGAUGCUAUUAGUGAUGGUGCUGAUAUUGUUGCUAUUACCUAUUUGGCAGAGAAAGAGGGCGCGCAUCAGCAUAGUUAAGUCGAGCACCGGCACCGAGACCGGGACCGGGUGUGGAUUGGGUUAUGGACUUGAGCGUCGAUUUAGAGUAUAUGGUUAUUUCUUACUUUUCCACACACAAUUUCGAUAACGUGUGUGGUGUGCUUGCCCUGUUGUUACCGUCGAUGAUUGCGAUGAUGAUUUUCGACGGCACUUUUUGAGUGAUCUGUUAGUAAGCAUGAGCCGAUGUUCGGUGUAUUGUGUACACAGUUGAAACCGAUCAGACGGAGAAGGAGGACGGCGAUGAAGCAAACGAGCGAACAGGCAAUUGAACGACCAAACGAGCGAACGUACCGACAGUAGCGCGCGGUGAUGGGUGAGCAUAAGUUUUCACAUCGUUUGUCGCGCUCUCAGAGUGGGUGAUUUUAUGAUAAAUUGGAUAAUAUCUGGUGUACUGUUGUGUGUCGAUUAUCAUCAUCAUCCGCAUCAAUGAGCGGUGGUGCGGUGGUUUGGAUCAAACCUCGUUUAGUACCGAGCUAGUCAACGGCGUGUGGAGUGGUGCAGUCCGCAAUUUAUUAUUAUGCUCUGUGACAGUUUAUUAUUUCGCUAACUAACAGCGGGUACUAAUUGCUGUGUAAAACAGGAGUCAGCGGGUAUUGAAAACGAUUGUUUUUUACUGUGUCUAUCAUUUUUUUUGGUUUCCAUCGCAAGGAAUAAUGAAUGAACUUUGUUUGCUCGUUUUUAGACUGUAAAGUUCUUUAGCCAAAUAGUGCAAUAAGUAUAUGUGAAUGAAUCCUGAAGUUGAUGAUUAUUAAAUACCCUUCAAAGUGUAGGAAAGCCCAGGCAUAACAUCCGGUCAUUUUGGAUAAGAUAGCGCCAACGCACGGCAAAAGCAAGAGUGGUGAGUGAUGCAAAGCCUGUAACGAUUCCUAACCGCAGCAAACAAUAGGUGACCAAAGACUUCUCGCUAAGCUACCGUGGCUUCCGCUAUCCGAUAUGACCCAGGCUGAGGAGGUUCGCGAAGUGAAUCAAGUGUGCAUCACAAAUGCACCGGAUUUACACACUCAGGCGGCUCAGGCAGAUCGCAAAGCAUCUCCCCAGCCACUGCAGCCACCUCCACCACCACCACCACCACCACCGCGUUCAUCAUCCACAGCAACCGAUGCCAACAGUGACGAUUGGAACAGUACAAAUAUCAACGUUUUCACGACCGGGUAUUCUAACAAAUGGCACCCGCACGUGUACGCAAAUCCUCCCAAACACCCAACCCCCCACUCCAUCAUGGAUAUCCUUAGCUGGAAAGGGUCCCUUAGCAAUAACCCGUCACCCAUUACUGAGUCUACUGACAAUUACGUGGUGCCAUAUAUGUUGGAAAAUCUGAGCGUUACAAAAGAAGAUGACCAACCGCUCAAUCUGUGCAUUGCUAAAGCAUCGACGCAAUUGGAUAAAUCCUACGAAGAAGAUACAACACAAGAAUCCAUUCGUUCUAUUAGUCGUGAGCGAGCUCAUUCUACCGAUGCGGAAUCGGAAAUUUACGGAUCGAACGAGUCCCAGCAUUCACUGAAGGACACUUCCUCGUCGGGUGCACAGAGAUUGGAGGCGCUAACGAUGAGCUCAAAAAAGAACAGCCGGUCGGAAUCUGGGCUGGAUCCGGAUGAUACAGAUGACCUUCAUCUGGAUGAUAGUAACAGGAGAAAGAAAAAGGCCCGAACAACCUUCACCGGGCGGCAGAUAUUUGAGUUGGAGAAACAAUUUGAAGUAAAAAAAUAUCUUUCAUCCAGUGAACGAACGGAAAUGGCUAAGCUGCUGAAUGUGACGGAAACCCAAGUCAAAAUUUGGUUCCAAAAUCGACGCACUAAAUGGAAGAAACAGGACGGCGAAACGGCGUCGAUUGGUCCCACCAGUAAUAGCAAAGAAUCGAAAGCGAUCAAAACAUCAUCUCCGUCACCUUCUUCGUCGCUUUCUUCCCCGAUAUAUCCAUCAUCUUCCUACUCGUCGUCACAUCCAUCAACCGAAGAAAAGAUACACCAACCAAACAAAUCCAAUGCUAAACCGUUUAGUAAGCACACCAAAGUGCGUCAGAACCGACCAAAGUCCCAGGACCGGGUCAAUGACAGUCAUUCGAAGGACACAUCAAAAGAGCCUAAGAAAAUCGUCACCCUGCUCGAUCCUAGUCUGCCGAACGAUGUGGAGUCAAGUAUAUCGGCUUCGAAAAUCUCACUGGAUGCCAUCUGCAGUACGACCAACUAUCUUAUGAAACCUUCCUCGCCACCAAGUAGCACCUCUCUUCACUAUGCAACACUAAAUCAACUACCAAGUGAUAGACUUUUCUGCCAGACUGCAAUGGAGAACAUAACACAUAUGAAGGAGUAGCGUUAGUAGGCAGUUACUCUUCCUAUAUUUGCAGGUUAUCUACCAGUGUGUGUAUGUUUUCCCUGAUCUAGUUUUAAACAGUAUCAAAAAAAAAAUCAUUGAAUUACAAAUCAACGCGAAAUCCUUGUAGUGUGACUUUCGGUUAGUUACGCGUAAUGUUUAGUUGUUCUAUGGAGAAGAAAACAGUGAGAUUAAUACAAUAAAAACUACGAAUUUCUGGAAAUCUUACAA